AUCUUUUGCCGCCAAGGUUCCAUCUCCGUACGUCAGAUGCGUCUUGUCGCUGUGGUCCUCGUUCUGAUAGGCCUCUCGUCGGCGGAGUAUCUAUGUCCACCCCUUCCCCAUGCAACCAACACCGGGCGCCCUCACAAGGCGUCCUUCCUGAGCACAGAGUGGGCCCUGCACCAGAACACCUUCACCUGCAACACAACAGACGACGGUCAGGCACAACAGACUACCGUGAGUUUUCAUGGCGGUCUGUCACCCGAGCAGGCGAUGAGGCGUUUGUGCCCAAGACCGGCCUUUGCCGCAGCCAAGGUGCAGACACCGAAGCUCCCGCUCGCGUUUGUCUGACAAAUAGCCCCCUUCUCGGAGCUGACGAUGAUGACGAUUACCGACGCCUGAACUCGGCGACGGAUAAGACCGCCUGCGAGAAACGUCGGUGCUGUUUCCAGAGGCGUCCAGUUGACAACGAGCAGUGUUUCUUCUCGCGUGAGAAACCAAAUGACAGAAGUACUCGGGAUUCCGAUGCUUUCUCUCGAUUUUCAGAGUGCCCGCCCUUUCUCCAGCAACAGAACAACAAGGGGCUGACGUAUCCUCGAGACCUCGCCCUGACGUGUCCAGACAGGCAUGAUUUGUUUUCUCCACUGUGUACAAUAAUCCUUUGUGUGUGUGUUUGGCGCAAUGUGAGGAAGGUGAAGGGCGGGUUUGUUGAUCUACUGUCACCUCUCGUCAAGGUUCCCUUCUGGCGGGUGCCGAAAUUCCCUUCUCGACCGCCACAGCCCAUCAAAGACACGGGCGACAGACGAGUUAUCCACUUCGGCCCCCAUCUCAAGCGCCUGCCUGGAUUCAUCGACAAGAAGGAGGGGUCGGGGGGGUCUGAUACCCGGUGUGACAGAUCCCUAAUCUCGGAUGAGUUGACGUCUGGGACGAGUAAUGAAGAGUUGGAUGCAGUUGUAGUGCGAUUUCCAUGGCUUGUCAAAACCAAGGCGCGGCAUCAUUCCUUCUCCCAAACGAUUCACGCUCGUAACAAGAAGGAUGAUGACGAUGAUCGUGACGAUGACCGUGACGAUGACCAUAACCUUCGAGACUUGCGAGAGGUCUAAUAUAACGUACCAAAGAGCUCAGAUGUUCACCAGGUCUCAUUAUCUGAUCAGGUCUUGAAGCAUAAGUUGAGAGGCAAGAAUUCCGCCAAUACGUACGUUGUGGACUUUGAGUGGGAGAUAUUCGUUCCGCCCCCACCACACAACACUCAGGAGGUGAGCUAUACUAAACCAGUGGCGCUGACAUCACGUCCUCUCGUUGUUUCGUCAGUUUGUGGAUUCUGUGAUCUUCGGUAUUAAUUAUGGGGUUGAGAGGAAAUACUGACUUGAUAUUCUGUGUGCUGCAGGGCUCAACGGCCGGGAGUGUUGCACAGGUGAGACAAUUUUCUUCUGAUGAAACUCUUUCGCAUUUGUGUGUCGUUAUCUUUUCUCAGGGACGUGUCCAACGACUGGGUUUUUUCCGCCUUUGGACGGAUUCAGUGUAUUCUACAAGGAGCUGUCUGCAUCUGUUCCAGACCCCUACCCAUCUGUCAAUGUUGCUAAGUGCUGGUAUGUCACCGAGAGCCCCAUUUGACACAGAUGUACUCAUGGUCGGUCUCCCUUUGCGCAGCGAAGACUGGGACAGCUUCACAUUCAACCAAGAGCAAUAUGGCAAGGGUCGCCGGUAAGAGUUUUCCGAACACAAACCCGCGAUAAUUUACUGUGUCUAGUCAUUGUCAUUGCCUCUGUCUGUAUGUCCCCACGAAAGGUUUUUUUGGGUUGGCGUCAUUGGCAACAAGAGCGGAAAGGUGGAGGUCAGAGGCAGGGCGUACAAGCGUCGGUUCGACGAGGAGUCUAUCUUCUUCUCCUGCUCGUCGUUCGGGGCUCCGGCCAACAAUGCCACAUGUCCGGCCUUUGAGGCGCCGCCAGAUUUUAAUCCGGACGAUUUCAAUUAAUUCACUGACAAAAAGACCUGUUACGUGAGUUGUUUCAGUUUAACGACAUUGAGGAUGCAAGAGCUAUUAGCUUAUCAUUCCCAC